AUGGGACUCUUCUGCUUACCCUCACCGAUAACAAUAAAAAUUUGGUUUAUGAUGAUAUUAGGAAUAGGCGUUGACAUUAUUCACCUUCCACGUCUCAAAGCUCUCCUUUCCCGCACUCCAUCUUCUCUUAAAAAAUUUACAUCUCGAAUAUUAACUUCUGAUGAGUCGAAGGAAUUUCAUUAUACAUUUUCAUCAAUCUUAAACACUCGCGAUAAUCAUAUAACGAUAGAACAUAAAAUUGUAUCAUACUUGGCUGUAAGAUGGACUCUAAAAGAAGCGACAUAUAAAGCAUUAUACCCUCACAAUUGUAUAGCAUGGAAAGACGUUUCCAUCAAAAAAAUAAAAGGAAAACCUCACGUAACUAUUCACAAUGACACGACUAUUUCGAAAACUCACGCUUCAGUCGCACACGAUGGAGAAUAUGUGGUCGCUCAGGUGAUGAUUGAAGGAUUAGAGAAACCAAAAAUUUCAUAG